UCGGGGGGCCCCCUGAGCUGCCGCGUGGGGGGGGCCCGCAGCGCGUGGCAGCUCCACGGCGUCACGAGCUUCGUGUCGGCUGCAGGCUGCGCGACGCCACACAAACCGGCCGUGUUCACGCGCGUGUCGGCUCACUCGGCAUGGAUCGCCGCCGUCACCGGGCUCGCGUCGUCGGCCACCAAUCACCCGGCCGCCUCUCCCCCCCUUCUGCUGCUGCUCGCGCUGGCCCCUGUGCUGCGUUGGCCAUGCGGUGCCCCCAUGACCGGGCGAACGACCUCCUGAGAGGCUCGCGGUGUCCCGCGUGGGAACCCCACAGCGGCCGGCAGGAGCUGGCAGGAGGCUGAAGGGCCCGUGGUGGUUUUGCGAUGGCCGGGGUGACUUCACGAUGGCCCGGGGUGGUUUCAUGAUGCCCCGGGGUGGUUUCACGAUGGCCCGGGGUGGUUUCAUGAUGCCCCGGGGUGGUUUCAUGAUGCCCCGGGGUGGUUUCAUGGUGGCCGGGGUGGUUUCACGAUGGCCCGGGGUGACUUCACGAUGGCCUGGGGUGGCUUCGUGAUGGCCUGGGGUAACUUCACGAUGGCCUGGGGUGACUUCACGAUGGCCUGGGGUGGCUUCACGAUGGCCUGGGGUGGCUUCACGAUGGCCUGGGUGGCUUCACGAUGGCCCGUGGUAGCUUCACGAUGGCCGGGAUUGUUUCACGAUGCCCCGGGUGGUUUCACGAUGGCCUGGGUGGCUUCACGAUGGCCUGGGUGACUUCACGAUGGCUGGCGUGGCUUCACGAUGGCCCUGGGUGGCUUCACGAUGGCCGGGGUGACUUCACGAUGGCCGGGGUGGUUUCACAAUGGCCUGGGUGGCUUCACGAUGGCCUGGGUGGUUUCACGAUGGCCUGGGUGGUUUCACGAUGGCCUGGGUGGCUUCACGAUGGCCUGGGUGGUUUCACAAUGGCCCUGGGUGGCUUCACGAUGGCCGGGGUGACUUCACGAUAGCCGGGGUGGCUUCACGAUGGCCUGGGGUGACUUCACGAUGGCCCUGGGUGGCUUCACGAUGGCCUGGUGUGGUUUCACGAUGGCCUGGGUGGUUUCAUGAUGCCCCGGGGUGGUUUCAUGAUGCCCCGGGGUGGUUUCACGAUGGCCCGGGGUGGUUUCAUGAUGCCCCGGGGUGGUUUCAUGGUGGCCGGGGUGGUUUCACGAUGGCCCGGGGUGACUUCACGAUGGCCUGGGGUGGCUUCGUGAUGGCCUGGGGUGACUUCACGAUGGCCUGGGGUGACUUCACGAUGGCCUGGGGUGGCUUCACGAUGGCCUGGGGUGGCUUCACGAUGGCCUGGGGUGGCUUCACGAUGGCCUGGGUGGCUUCACGAUGGCCCGUGGUAGCUUCACGAUGGCCGGGGUUGUUUCACGAUGCCCCGGGUGGUUUCACGAUGGCCUGGGUGGCUUCACGAUGGCCUGGGUGGCUUCACGAUGGCCUGGGUGGCUUCACGAUGGCCUGGGUGGCUUCACGAUGGCCCUGGGUGGUUUCACGAUGGCCUGGGGUGGCUUCGCGAUGCCCUGGGGUGGCUUCACGAUGGCCGGGGUGACUUCACGAUGGCCGGGGUGGCUUCACAAUGGCCUGGGGUGGCUUCACGAUGGCCGGGGUGACUUCACGAUGGCCCAGGGUGGCUUCACGAUGGCCUGGGGUGGCUUCACGAUGGCCUGGGGUGGCUUCACGAUGGCCUGGGGUGACUUCACGAUGGCCCUGGGUGGUUUCACGAUGGCCCUGGGUGGCUUCACGAUGGCCGGGGUGGUUUCACGAUGGCCCUGGGUGGCUUCACGAUGGCCUGGGGUGGCUUCACGAUGGCCUGGGGUGACUUCACGAUGGCCCUGGGUGGCUUCACGAUGGCCCUGGGUGGCUUCACGAUGGCCGGGGUGGCUUCACGAUGGCAUGGGUGGCUUCACCAUGACCCGGGGUGGUUUCACGAUGGCCUGCGGUGGUUUUACGAUGGCCCUGGGUGGUUUCACGAUGGCCUGGGGUGACUUUACGAUGGCCUGGGGUGGCUUCACAAUGGCCUGGGGUGACUUUACGAUGGCCCGGGGUGGUUUCACGGUGGCCCGCAACGCGUUUGACAUCGCACUGACAGCCGACGGAUCGUCAGCCACCCACGGCCGUGGCCCGGCUUUGGCCCCCCGAGCCAAAUCCGUGCUUCGGCUCGUGCCAGGCGGCGUGGCACGGAUCGGUGUGUGGCUCGGCUCGGCAAAACAUCCAGUGGAAAAAAACACAACCCUCUCACCCGUGCCGUGCCAGGGGAAUGAUUGACAGGGGGUGACAGACAGACAGACAGAGGAGGGGGGUAGAGGGAGGUUUGGAGCAGCGGGCGAAUGUUUAAAACACAUUCCUGCAGAUUAAUGUUUUCCCCCAUUCUCCGGCUGAGUUAAUUAGUUAAUUAGUCAUCAGUGGCCAGCUCGGGCACCGGGGCUCACGUGUCCCGCGUUAGCCGUGCGCGCGUACGGAGAGAAUGUUGAGUGUUGGCCUCGGUUUGGUUGUUUGUGUCUGGGUGGUUUGUUUACGGAACCUGACGACCCGAGUUCGACCCAUCCCCCACCCCACCCCCUCGACGGCGGCUCUGGGCCACCACCAACACCGGUGACCUGAACUGAUCCUGGGCCUCCCCUAGGUCGACUCAGCCUCAAAUGAGUACCUGCGAGUAGGAUGCGUUAGCGUUGCGUUUGCGUGUGUCUCGGUGAUUUGUUUUACCUUCGGCCGAAGGGGGCCGUCCAUAAAUGACGUCACGCACCUGGGGGGAGGG